AUGGAGCCAGCCAGCACCCUCCCCAACGCCUCCGGUAAUGGCAGCGGCGCCAGCAGCGCCCCGCACUCGCCUGCGGCCACGGGGCUCAUCCUGCUGGCCGCCCUCGCUGUCCUGCUGGCCACGCUGGUGGGCAAUGCGCUGGUGGUGGUGGCCGUCUCUACCAGCCGGGCCCUGCGGGCCCCGCAGAACCUCUUCCUGGUGUCCCUGGCCUCGGCGGACAUCCUGGUGGCCGUCCUCGUCCUGCCCUUCUCGCUGGCCAACGAGGUGAUGGGCUACUGGUAUUUUGGCGGCCUGUGGUGCAGCUUGUACUUGGCGCUGGACGUGCUGCUCUGCACCGCCUCCAUCGGGCACCUCUGUGCCAUCAGCCUCGACCGCUACUGGGCUGUCACCCGGGCAGCCCGGCUCAACCUGCGCCGCAGCCCUGGGCGGGUGAAGGGGAUGAUCGGGACAGUCUGGGCGGCGGCGGCCCUGGUGGCACUGCCACCGCUCCUGCGGGCCCAGCCAGGGGACCGGGAAUGCCAGCUGAGCCAGGAGACCUGGUAUGUGCUGGCCUCCUGCGCCGCCUCUUUCUUCGCUCCCUGCCUCGUCAUGGUCGCCGUCUACUGCCGUAUCUACCACCUGACCGCCCGGCGGACAGCAGCCCUCUUUGCCUCCCGCGCCCCGCGCCCCGCCGGCACCAGCAAGAAGGGGCCAGGAGUCAGGAUGCCGGACUGGCGGCGCCCGAGCCAGCACCCAAGCAUCGUGUUGCUGUGCCGGUGGCGACUGGUGCAGGCGCGGGAGCGGCGCUUCACUGUCGUGCUGGCUGUGGUGAUGGGGGCCUUCGUGCUGUGCUGGUUUCCCUUCUUCUUCACCUACAGCCUGGGGGCUGUCUGCGGGGAGGGCUGCCGUGUCUCCAAGCCCCUCUUCAACUUCUUCUUCUGGAUCGGCUACUGCAACAGCAGCCUCAACCCCCUCAUCUACACCCUCUUCAACCGGGACUUCCGUGCCGCCUUCCGCCGGCUCCUCGCUGUCCCCCGCCGGCACCGCACCUAG